AUGGCAUUUCCAAAAAGAAAAAAAAAUCCAAUCCCGCAAAGGAUUGUUCAUGGAACUACUAUCGAGAUUCUUCGGACCAUAUUUCCUAGUAUCAUCCCGAUGUUCAUUGCUAUACCAUCAUUUUCUCUCUUAUACUCAAUGGACGAGGUAGUAGUAAAUCCAGCCAUUACUAUCAAAGCUAUUGGACAUCAAUGGUAUCGGAGUGCGCCUCUUCACGAGGGUGAUUUAAGUGCAACGAAAUGCCUUAAGAAUAUGGUUCGCGAAGCAUCUGGCACUCAUGAAUUGAAAGAGUUCUAUCUGGGUCAAAAUGCUACUGCUUGCUUAUACUCUUGCAAGCAAGGCGAUAAGAGAUUCGGGUGGUAG